GUACAUGUACCGUGAUAAGUUUGUAUAGUUGUCAGAUAUAUCGUAUCAGCCGUAUCGGUUGGAUGUGCUGCGAAUAUUUUUGGACAAUUCGGUGUUUUACACCACUUUCUUUAUUAUUAUCUUUAAUUUAAACAAAUAUACAACUCCGUGGCUUGGCGUCAGGAACCCAAUCCAUCGGUUUUAAACCUGUUAUCAAAAAGACAUAGAAUGGCGUAUGGACUAGCUUUAUAGGUCCACUGAGCCAAAAGAGCACCAAACCUAGUUGUCAGAUAUAUAUUAAAAACGUCGUUUGACAUCGUGGCCGCGUUUAUCAGUCGCGGUAAAUUACUCGCGAUAACGCGCUUGCGACACGUCGCAAGGUGAGUUCGUCAUGAUGCGCGAAGUUUAAAAAAUAUCGACGAAAAAAGAGAAAAACGACGAUUUCGCGACGCAACGACAUCGUACGUAUUCGAUGUGUUCAUUUGCUAAUUCCACAGAGAAGAUACCGUAGAAUAUAUCAAGUUGAGUUUUGUGCUAGGUGUUUUACGCGCGUCACUCAUCUUUGUCGUCUUCGUCGACUACAAGUUUCCUUAUCGUACGAUCCCCUCCGACGCAAAGGACAUGUGAAUGUUCCGACGUUUGAUAAAUUCGGAAGACGUCAUUCGUUUUCAACAAGGCCACGUGGACCACGUCGGGAGCAAGGAAAAAUAUUGCAUCGUUCAUUUUCGAAUUCUAUACGAAAAUAAGGUAGUAUGAAGCGGAAAUAAGAAUGUUGACAAAAUUGCGAUUUCGAAAAAACAAUGAAGUAGAUCGAAAUGAAAUUUAUGAGCCAUGAAAAGCAAGAAGUGUACGAUUUACUGAGAAUUAUGUACGUAAUGAUCUUGAUAAUCAUCUGGAAAUGAAAUUUGUUUCAACAUAACUACGAGCACAAUAUGUGUGUGUGUAAAAGAUCGUGACAAUUGUAUGUAUCAGCAUGUCCGAAGACGAUGCGCAGGAAGCAGCCAGAGAGGAAAUCGAAAGACAGGGGUCUCUUUACGUGUUCCCGGGCGCGGGCCGCCCCAGCUAUGCGACGUCGUCAUCGUUAAUAACGUCGACAAUGCCUCUUCAACCGCUUCCAUCGUCGUUCCACGGUGGUUUGGCGAUCAUCGCCAAGUCUUCGACCGUGAUGAACGCUACAACGGCGAGCAACACAAUGACGACAAUGACGGCUACAUCUAUGAAGAUCAGCAACAACGACGAAGACGAGGACGCUGUAGAAGAGGUCACUUCGCCAGCCAGAAAAAGAAUUUUUCUGAAGACGCACGGGAGAUCGGCCAGUCACGGUGGUGUCCUAGCGGAUUACGGAUGGCAGACUUACGGGUCAUUUUUAGGCCCGUUGACAACAAUGGGAAGCGCCUCAACCGCAGGACGACCGUCUGUGCUCAAGAAGCCAGGUCAUCAGAGAGCCUUCAGUCAAGGUCAGGUGGCAGAUGUGACGCAGAGCCAGUCGGCUGUAACGGGACAUCAUCGUGUCGGCUCCAGAACAGAUUUUAUCCUGCCACCGGGUCACCGAGAGGAUGGCAGACCACCCACUGCCGGCAGAAUGCCUUCUUUUCGCGGUCAUUCUCGUCAGGCGUCCAGAUCAGAAUCCAUCUAUACGAUAAGACGUAGCGUCGCUCCUCCUUGGUGGAGAAGACUGUGGGGUCAUUGUUUCGGUCCAAUGCCGGAGGAACCUCGUUUGAGAACAAUAGUGCCGAAUCAUUUAAUUUCACCAAAGAUUCCGAAGAGUCAGCAUCCCAACGGGAACAGAGUAGACAACAGGGUGCGUACAACUAAGUACACGGCACUGAGCUUUCUACCUCGCAAUUUGCUAGAGCAGUUUCACCGUGUGGCCAAUUUGUAUUUUAUUUUUAUCGUGCUACUUAAUUGGGUACCGGCGAUCAAUGCCUUUGGCAAGGAAGUCGCCAUGAUCCCGGUGGUGUUUGUGUUGGGCGUUACGGCGCUUAAGGAUUUCUUCGAAGAUCGCCGCCGUCUUGCCAGUGACCGGCGUGUGAAUAACUCCACUUGCCGCGUGUACGUUAGCGAGGGCGAAAGAUAUGUGAAGAUAGCGUGGAAGGAUGUCAAGGUGGGUGAUCUGGUUCACCUUUCAAACAACGAACUGGUACCGGCCGAUCUUUUGCUUCUACGAAGUAGCGAUCCUCAGGGUUUAGCUUAUCUCGAUACGUGCAAUCUCGAUGGAGAAUCGAAUCUGAAGCAACGUCAGGUUGUUAGAGGAUUUCUUGAUUUGCAAGAUACCUUUCAGCCUUCCAAGUUCCGAUCAGUGAUCGAAGUCGAUCAGCCGAGUACUAGAAUAUAUAGGUUUCACGGUGCCGUGGUACAUCCAAACGGUGCCAGAGUGCCCGUAUCCACAGAGAAUCUUUUACUAAGGGAAUGUGUCUUAAAAAAUACCGACUUUGUCGAAGGUAUAGUUAUAUAUGCCGGUCACGAGACCAAAGCGUUGCUGAACAACGGUGGGCCCAGAUACAAGCGCUCCCGUCUCGAGAAACACAUGAACAGGGACGUAAAAUGGUGUGUAGUGAUACUGGUGAUUUUGUGUGUGAUUGGUGCAUUCGGAUGUCGUUUAUGGCUGUCCGCGUACGCGGGCCUGUCGGUGGUGCCGUUUUUGCCGGUGAUACAAGAACCAAUCUACGAGAGUAUAUUGACCUUUCUGACCUUUGUCAUAAUAUUCCAAGUGAUGAUACCGCUGAGCUUAUACGUGACGAUCGAGAUGGCCAAGGUGGGUCAAGUAUACCACAUUGGUCACGACCCGGCCCUACACGACACGGAAACCGGCCGUAAAGCGGAGUGCCGUGCGCUGAAUAUCACGGAGGAACUAGGCCAAGUACAGUAUGUCUUUUCCGACAAAACUGGGACUCUCACUGAAAAUAAGAUGCUAUUCAGGAGAUGCGCGGUAGGAGGCCAGGAUUAUUCGCACAUAGGCGACAAUGAGAAUCUGCUCCCAUGUUCGCGGCUUAAGGAGGAUUUGCUUAUAGGUACAUUUCGACAUCGCUUACAAGAGUUUCUUAUUGUUUUGGCUACAUGUAACACGGUUGUCGUAAAUUCUCAACCGCAUCACGAUAUUAUGAACUCUAGUGGAGUCAUUGAAGAACCUCGGAAAAACGGAACUGGUCUUAUAAGAAUCAGAGAGUUGGAAACAAAUUCAUUUCCAACUGCUAAUUCCCCACCGGUAUCGAUGUCUCCGAGUAACAGAACUAUCCGCGCCUUAUCACCGGUAUCACCUGUAAUUAGCACAACUAAUACAUUCGAUGAUACACCAAAAUUCCCGUUUAAAAUAUCAAGACCGAGAUUGCUAAACGUAACAUCGAUACCAAGUCUGGGCAUCGGACUGUUGGGACGGAAGUUGUCGCCGGACGGGCAGAAGAGAUGUAGUCCUGAUGGGAAAAACGGUGAUGAGCUGCUGCAUAGUCCUGCGAUCUACGAAGCGGAAAGUCCGGACGAGCUUGCGCUGGUGCACGCCGCGCGCGCUUACGACGUCAAGCUCGUGAAACGAACACCUCGCAGCGCAAUCGUGUCUUUUCCGGACAAAUCCACGCUCGCAUUCGAAAUACUUCAUGUGCUGCCAUUCGACGCAAACAGAAAGUGCAUGUCGGUGCUGCUCAGACAUCCACAUACCAGUGAAAUCGUGCUGUAUAGCAAGGGUGCUGACACGACAAUGUUUGCAGCGCUGUCGCCUAGCGACGAGAACGCCGUUGCCUCGGCCAGUAUCCGACACUACUUGCAAUCGUAUGCGCGUCAAGGUUUGCGUACUCUGGUAAUGGCGAGGCGAACCUUGACGUUGCAAGAAUACGAGACAUGGCGACAGAAACACGAGGAGGCGGAAAUGGCGACGGAAAACCGCGAGCGUCGCAUACGCGAUUCGUACGCAACGCUGGAAUCACAUUUAACGCUUUUGGGAGCGACCGGUAUCGAGGACAAGCUGCAAGCCGGCGUGCCCGAGACAAUGACCGCACUGGUUACUGCUGGAAUCGUCGUGUGGGUUCUGACAGGAGACAAGCCGGAGACCGCCGUGAACGUGGCAUACUCGGCGCGGCUCUUCUCACCGGCCAUGCAGCUCUUACAACUGCAAGCAAGAUCUAAAUCCGUCGCCGAGACACUCAUACACAGUUAUCUGGAGUCAGCGCACAAAGAAAUCAACAGAUAUCCGCAACAACCGAACAUGAUGGACAUUGCGGAUCUUACUAACGUGUAUAAUCGCGAUUCUAUUGAAAGGGACGCGCAUAGGAUCGGUAGUCCGCGACAACGCGCGCUUGUUGUAGAUGGCAAAACAUUGACGGUGAUUCUGGACCCGCGAUCGGGCUUGACAGGCCCGUUUCUUGAACUCACAAAAACAUGUUCUAGCGUCUUAGCCUGUCGCGCCACGCCAUUGCAAAAGGCGUACAUAGUUCGUAUUGUUAAGAAACAAUUAGGAAUGAGAACGUUGGCAAUCGGCGACGGUGCGAACGACGUUAGCAUGAUACAGACCGCUGACGUAGGCGUCGGUAUCUCGGGGCAAGAAGGCACACAGGCGAUAAUGGCGGCGGAUUUCGCGAUUUUUCGUUUUUCUAUGCUUAGUCGACUUCUCCUUUUACAUGGACAUUGGUGUUACGACCGUCUUGCUAGGAUGAUUUUGUACUUCUUUUACAAAAAUGCCACUUUCGUCUUCCUUAUAUUUUGGUUUCAACUGUUCUGUGGCUUUUCCGGUGCUGUAAUGAUAGAUCAAAUAUACUUGAUGCUAUACAACUUACUGUUUACUUCGCUACCACCUCUUAUCUUGGGUAUUUACGAUCGCGUUGCUUCGCCACGUGUGUUACUUUCUGCGCCGGAAUUAUAUACGAGAGGACGCUUGGGAUUUGUUUAUCAAGCUCGCUCGUUCUGGUUGAUGAUCGCCGACGCUUUUUAUCAAAGUAUCGUCAUCUUCUUUAUUACCAAAGAGGUUUAUUGCGAUACGAUUAUCGACAUAUGGGAAUUUGGAUCGACUAUCAUGACAGCGUGUAUCGUCGUCAUGCUGCUUCAUGCUGCCAUAGAAACUAGAUCAUGGACUAUACUUCACAUUGGUGCCAUUUUGGGUUCAUUGGGCAUAUUUUUCGGAUUUUGCCUUUUUUAUAAUGCUGUUUGCGUUAAUUGUAUGGGUUUGCCCGGAUCUUAUUGGGUAAUGGAAAACGCCAUCACACAUCGUACGUACUGGUGCACUGUGCUACUUACAUCUGUCCUUGCAUUAAUGCCUAGAUUUGUAUAUAAAGCGAUACGAUCUACAGUUGCACCGAACGCUGUGCAAAUAGUCUCGCAGCAGAUCACCGCAAAAAGCGGCGGUCAAGUUCGUCGGCAACGUAUCAGCAAUCAGAGAAGCGAAGUCAAUUUUAUUGCUGGAUGGUCACGCUCCUCGCAACAUGCUACCAUUAGACCCGGUAGCUACGGAAGUAAAAACAAUGCUCUAACGACUAUCGUCGCAUGACAACAGCCACAAUCAGAUUGAAUUGUCAAUCUUGUUAUUUCAGAAAAUUAACCAAGUCGUCGAAAAAAGAAAGAAAUCUUUUUCACUGUCUGCUGAUUAUAAAAAAAUCAAAUUUUUGAGAUUUUUCCUUGCACUGACAAAUCUGAUUAACUAUCUUUGCUUAACGAUUUUCCAAUUUCCCAAGCUAGCUAGAGUGACGAUGUGCAAAAGCUGGUUAAUAAUUAUAGAAUGAAAUUAGGCUUGUAACUUCGUGCGUGACUAAAAAAUGACUAAACUUGGUCGUUUAAUGUCAUUGCUUGCCUGUCGAGACAAUCCUCGUUAUCGAUUUCAUGAUAACGCUAAUAUUUCAUUGUCAUUUUCUAGUUCGAGUUAUCGCGAUUGAUUUCAACCCGUGUGGCCUUAAAUCUCACAUCGUUCGUUGCAUUCAAUGGCUGUGACCUCUAGGGACCUUUGUGACUUCUAGGGACCAAAAUUAUUCAUAAUUGAACCAAGCAGGAUUCGAAUGAAAGUCUACGCUGCGUUUACUUUGCGUGCAGUUUAUUUUUAUUAAUAAAGAGUUUUAGGCUCUAGAAGUUUAAAACUAACAAUACGUAAACGGUCAAUAAGAAUCUUACGUUGGAUGUCCGUUGCGAACUAAAUAAAUAUAUAUAUCCGUUAAAUAUGUUAGAUAUUAGGGCGUAGUUGAACUGUUUGCAAGGUGUUGUGCACAAUGAUAAAAUCGUUAAAUUUUUAACAAACGUUUCGACUAUUUAUUUUUAGUCUUCUUCAGUGUUCUUAAA